AUGCCAAAUUGGAUGACUCGGGAGUUCUUUCAGCCAGAAUCUGAAAGAAACAGAAUUUCAGUUCACGAGUAUUGCGAAAGUGCAUCGAUUCGGACAAUGCGAAGAAUGGAUGACUUGGAGCUAGUGGAUUUUUUUGAACAACAACUAAAAUCUAAAGACAACUUUGCCAGUGCAUUCGAACAUGUCCUGAAAACGAAGUUGAAAGCAUACAUGAAAAAAUAUGUGUUAAUACAACCAGGUGACUGGCCAUGCCAAUUUUUUAGUAGGCAGCUAGUAUACGAAACAAUUGCAAACCACUUACCGUCAAUGCUUACUCCACAAACUUUGGGGAACAAUGAUGACCUAACAACAACGGAUAACAUUCACCCAACUCCCAGAGCGGUAAACCAUGAUUCGGCGAGAAUAUGUACAUCAUCAUCUACAACAACUAGAGUUCUUCCACCAUUGGCUGCACCAUCCCAAUGA